CCUCCCAAUACGAGCAGCCACCUCGUAGCACUGCUGGUCCGGCUCGGCUGGCAAAAUCCGUAUCAGUGAUUUGCUGUGAACAAAUUCCUUUUACUUCUUGCAGAAACCCGUGCACAGGACCAUCACUGAUGGCUUGAUCUGCUUCAGAGACAGGGCUGCUUCGUACGGCUUUAUCAAACUCUUGGGAAAAACCACUCCUUCAUUCGACUGACCACGAAAAGUCUCCGAGGCCCGUAAAGGUCGGACAUCAAAUCCAGGAGUGACCUCAUGCAACGCUUCUCAAUUCAGACAAAGACGAGUUAGAUCGAAGCAACGACCACAUCAUAUAUCCGCAUGAUGUCAUGAUGAAAACACCACAAAAGGAUUGUAUCUCCCGGCAGAUGCGAAACACUACCUUCUACAGUGUCCACGACCACACGCAACCACAUACAUUACCUGAACAUCCUCCACUAUGGCGCUCUCACAAGCAGCAGCCGCCGUCGAGAGCCUUAUCGGCCACGGUGGCGAAGCCACAACCGAACAGAACCUGUCCAACCCUGCCAAAGAUGCCGCCAAAUACGCCGACCCGUCAGGUGAGAAGAUGAAAGCCCUUGUAUGGAACGGCAAGAACAGCGUCAAACUCGUCGAGACCUUCAAGCCCGCAAAGAUCGAAGCCACGGACGUCAUCGUCAAAGUCACCGGCUCAACCAUCUGCGGCUCAGACCUACAUCUACUGCACGGUGCAAUCGUCGAGAUGCAAAAGGGGGACAUUCUAGGUCAUGAGUUCUGCGGCGUGGUCGACAGCGUCGGCCCCAACAUCUCAAAGGUCAAGCCGGGCGAUCGCGUUGUGUGCAGUUUCCAGAUCGCUUGCGGCAGCUGUAUGUAUUGCAAGAGGAAGCUAAGCAGUCAGUGUGAAAAGACAAACGACAACACAAUCGAGAACAUCAUGUACGGUGGGCGCACUGCAGGUAUGCUUGGAUACUCGCACUUCACAGGCGGUUACGCAGGUGGCCAGGCCGAGUAUGUCAGAGUCGCAUACGGCGAUGUCAACCUUCUCAAGCUCCCGGACGACGUCCCCGACGAAAAAGGCCUGUAUCUCUCCGACGUCCUUAGCACUUCGUGGAAUGCGGUCGUCGACACGGGCGUUAAGGAGGGUGACGUCGUCGCCAUUUGGGGUGCGGGACCUAUCGGUCAGAUGUGCGCUGAGAUGUCUUUCAUGAACGGCGCCCGACGCGUCAUCAUCAUUGACGGCGGCCCGGGAGCAUGGCGCCUCGACUUCGUCAAGUCCAAACUUCCAAAGGUUGAAACCAUCGAUUUCACCAACUUGCCAAAGGGCGAGACCGUCACUUCCACGCUGAAGAAGAUGGAACAUGGUGGUCCCGAUGUUGCUAUCGAAUGCGUCGCUGGUGAGUAUGCCAAAGGUUGGGCUCACUAUUUUGAGUUGGCGCUCGGCAUGGAGACAGAUACCUCAGAAAUUAUAAACGAGAUGAUCACCAGUGUCAAGAACUUUGGCCGCUGCGGUGUCACAGGUGUCUACGCCGGCUUCACCAAUCAUUUCAACAUUGGUUCUUUGAUGGAGCGAGGUAUCCGACUCAUCGGUAACGGUCAAGCUCCUGUCCAUCUCUACUGGGAAGAUCUGCUCAAGAAGAUCCAAGAUGGUUCUCUUGAACCAUUGCAUAUGGUCACUCACCGUAUCGAUCUUUCUGAGAUGGAAGAGUUGUACAAGCGCUUCGAUGCUCGCGAAAAGGGAAUCCAGAAGGUCUUUGUGCAGACCAAGUUCAGCGCCCCUCCGUGCCCCGGUGCACCGAAGCUGACUAAAUUUGGCACUUCGUAAAAAGAAAUGAGGUGCAGGCUGCUUGCCAGGACGAGUAACUGUACCAGAAUAUGAAGGAUCACGACCUGGUGUAUGUAUUGAGAAACCUCAGGAAGAUAGUUCACAACGCUGCACGUUCAAGUGCUGAAGCCC